AUCGCAUACCGCUGCAGUCAAACGAUCGCGAACCACCGACGAGAAAGCAACGUUGAGAAGCGCGCUCGAAGCGAAGAUCGCCGCGAGAUCAAGUUUUUUUCUUAUUACCAGUUGCCAGACUAGGAGUGUGUUGAGAUUCUGUGCUUUGUGUUGGAGGGGCAACUUCUUUCCAGAAAGGUGCACCACAGAAAGACUACGCAGAACUGUGUCGUGUGACGAACCAAGUCGGACGUCAUGCUGGAAGGAAGGAAGAUUCUGGUGGUGUGGCUGGGGGCGGCCGUAGGGUUGAUCUGCUUGGCCCAGUUUGCCUACUCGUGCAACGAGAUGGUCUGCGCCAGUAUCGUGUCCAAGUGCAUGUUGACGCAGAGCUGCAAGUGCGACAUGAAGAACUGCUCCUGUUGUAAGGAGUGUUCCGAGUGCCUGAGCUAUUUGUACACGGAGUGUUGUAGCUGUUUGGAGAUGUGCCCGAAGCCGAACGAAACGACCAACGAGCUGAGCAAGCAGUCCCACGUGGAAGAAUUGGAAGGCUUCCCGAAUCUGUUCAACGUGCUGACCUCGGAGGAGGAUCCGGAGGAACGCUGGCGGAUUUACACGUUCCCGAUCGAUCUGGAUGCCGCGAUGUACGGGUCGAAUGCCGAGACAGGAAUGAAGUACUUGAUGCAUUCUAGCGAUAACGACCUGAAACCCCGUCUGGACACCCCAUCCAAAAUGACGGUCAACUGCACCGUUGCGUACAUGGCCCAAUGCAUGUCCUGGAACAAGUGCAAGGAGAGCUGCAUCACGAUGGGAGCCACCAGCUAUCGAUGGUUCCACGACGGUUGCUGCGAGUGCGUCGGCCAGACGUGCAUCAACUACGGCAUCAACGAUUCCCGCUGCCGGGAGUGUCCGGAGAACAAGGACCUCGAUCUGGACGACAUACCGAACGAGGACGAGCUGGACUACGGCGACGGGGUCGGCCCGCUGGACAAUGGCGGUGUGGAGUCGACGAAUAUCUGAACGGGGGCGGCGGCGGCUUGGUGGGCGGUGGGGACGGCGAUGAUGGUGGCAAAAGUGACGGUACCUGUUUGGAGCUAGGUGUGGUGGAGAUCAAGAAUAGCAGCGACGGAGGGCAGUCAGGUGUAAUGUGCCUUAUUAGAUGUGUGCGUUUCGCGUUUUUGUGUUUUUCUGCGAGAGAAAACGAACGGAACGCUUAGGAUUAAAAACGAAACUCUGUGUAUUAGACGGGAAACGAAGUAUUUGCGCUGAAUGUACUUGAAGCACGGAGGGAAGCGUGUCAGAGGAGAAGGACUACGUACUUUGUUCUACAUAUUUAAAUUAAAUGCAAUGGGGAGUCCGGAUUAGUGACGGUGAAAUGAAGUAUUGCAACUAAUACUUAAAUAUUUUUAUUUUUGUAAAAUAAAUCUGUAAUCGUAUAUUGGUUUUAAA